UAGAUAUACUGCUCCGUUCAAGUUAAUGUCAUAAAGGGCAACGUACAGUUGGUUUAGUGUACCAUUUAGAAGGAUUAAAAGCAAGAUCAUGUUUGAUUCCUGUUUGCACAUAUAAAAUAUAAUUGUUUAUCAUUCUAUUAACAAUAUUUACACACAUAUCUUAAUAUCAUGACAUCAAUUUUUCGAACGUGCAUUGAUAAACAUUCCUUAAGUGGUUUAUUUAAUCGAUUAUGUAAGGUAUCAAAAACCACUAAUUUACUACAGACAGCACAUAUUAGUGGAAAAAUUAAUCGAGUCCAACGACCCCGACCACCACCUUUUCCCUAUCAAGAGAAAGAAUAUACUCCCUUCAAUUUCUUAGAUUACACCAUAGAAAGAUACGAUGAGAACAGUAGAAUUAUAGUUGUUGAAGGACCUAUAGCAGCUGGAAAAGAUAAAUUUGCCAGGGAAUUAGCGAAAAAACUUGAGAUGGGAUAUAUGCCACCUCCAUCGUUUGAUUUAUUAUAUAAAAAUGCUUAUUGCUCUGAUAUAAGAUCUUUAAAUUCGCAAAUGCCCGAGGAAUUACAAACAUGCGAUAUAGAAACAUUUUUAACCAAUCCAAAGCAUAAAUGCGUACCAGCUUUUCGAGUUACUCAUUAUCUGUUAAAAUUAGACGCUUAUCUAGAGUCAUUGUUACAUGUAUUAUCAACCGGAGAAGGAGUAGUGCUUAAUCGUUGUCUAUAUUCAGAUUUUGUAUUUAUGAAUGCUAUGUAUAAAGCAGGAUAUAUGAAUCGUCGAUCUUGUCAUUUCUACCAAGAAGUUCUAAAAACAACAAUGGGUUACUGUAAGAGACCCCAUUUGGUUAUUUAUUUGGACGUUCCAGUCAAUGUUGUCAAGGAAAGAAUACAGAAAAGAUGUAUACCUUAUGAAGUAAAUUCAGAAGUUUUAACGACAAAAUAUCUCACUGAUAUAGAAACUGCAUAUAAAGAAGAUUAUUUACCACAAAUUUCUAAUCAUGCAUAUUUAUUAAUGUAUGAUUGGGUAAAUGGUGGCGAUAUCGAAGAUAUCAUCGACGAUAUAGAAAGGAUAGAUUUUAACUUUUAUGAUCAAAAUUCAAAUAAGCUAAACGAUUGGAUAUUUUUAAAUCUAUCUGAAUUGGAAGACACAAGACAGAUGUGUUCCCAUCGAAAUAGAUCUCUGAUCAUUGCGGAAUCUCUAGUACCACUUUAUGAAGUUCCUGAAAUGUAUUAUUUUGGUGAUACAAAAAAGAUUGUAAAUUUGCAAGAAUCGCUUCCUGGUGCAGAAUUCUCAGAAGGAUAUAAUCCUGAUAUGGGUGACAAAGUAUUGUGGAAGGUCAAACACGAACGUAGUCCUACUAUACCUUUAGUGAUACCCUAUAAGGAACUUAUAGCAACUGAAUGAAUCCAGACAUAAGUGAAAAUAAUUAUUUUAAGUUAGAUAUUUACUUAUGUAAAUUCUUUGUAGUAAGAAGAAAUUGAAUUAAAAAGGUAACAGUAUAUUAAAUGAAAACUUGAAUAUGAAAAUAAAUACUUGAAAACUUA